CAGAAGGACAUCACGAUGGUAUUCUGCUACAAACUCAUAACAGAGUCACCUAGAAGAUCACUCUGUACCUCUCCAAGGAAACUAUCUCCGGUCGGACGAUGUGCACUUGGGCCCAACUCCUGUUACCAAAGCGAGGACCUCCUAGACCAGAUACCCGAGCGGGAUUGGCGACUGCUGGCGGCCCUCGCUCGGAAGAGAGAAGAAAGCGAUGAGAGAGAGCGACUGGCGGAGCAGUUCCACAGGAUGUGGAUACAGGAGAAAAUGGAGAAGGAAGCGGUCGGAGCAGAAAUGACAGCGCAGUACCGUCGCUACCUGCACGAGAAACGGCAGCAGGAGAGGAACUACCAGGAGCACAGGAGUCGCGAGAGAGCCGCCAAGCUCAACGCCAGGAGGGGCGACCUCAUCAACAGCAUACGGCAUAAAGAGAUGAGGACAGCGGACAUGCUGGCUGAUAGAGAAGAUGAGAAGAUAUGUAAAACCCUGGACAAAGUAAUAUUAGAGGAGACAAGAGCACAAAUAGCCGCCGAGAGGCGCAGCCGGAUCGGCGCGGCUGAAGAGCUGAGGAAGCAGUUGCAACUUGUGGACGGGAUCAAAAGAGCCAACGAUGCCGGGAGAAAACGAAGUGCUCGACUGAAAGAGGCAUCUCAACGCCUCGCCAUCAAUCGAGCACUAAGCACCUGGGAGACGAUGCUGGUCCGCCAAGACGUGGAAGUAGAGGACGCGUUGAGGCGAGCUCAUGCUGCAGCCAAGUGCUACGUGGCUGAAGCCCGCAGUGUGAAGCUGCAGAGGAGCAGGGCAGCGCGGACCAAACGAGCGAGACAGCUAGCGAACAUCACUGCACAUAUGAGGGAGAUGGUGAAACGGGGCAUGCGGUUUUGAUCAUAAACAUGAGUUGUAUGUUUUGGAUAUUCGUGAAAUACAUGACGGAAGUCAGGACUGUUGGUUUAAUAAUG